AUGGGACACCAGGGAGAAUAUGACAGUGCCAGUGACACCAGAGCAAGGGACAGUAGCAGAGUGAACGGUGGCAAUAGCAGCCAGCGGCACAAGUGUGAACAGCAGCAACUACGCCCCUUGGUUCCCCCGAAGAUUAAGUUUCCAGGUGAUCUCUUCAUGGGAGCCGAGUGCUUGGUGGUUUUGUUCUCCUGUGUAAAAGGUUCUGCAAACGAAGCCCAUAAAGCGUAUGGUGUUCUGGGUGGUUCUGUUUUCUUGAACGUUCCUGACUUCAAAGUGGAAAAGCAACAUGAAAUAACAUGGCUUAAAAAUGCAUCAUUCCUCGUGAAAGUCAAAAAUUCUACAGUGAAAUAUUACAGGGAAAGGGAAAAGUAUAUGAUGUUCCUUAAUGGAACCCUGCAAAUAGACCGCCUGGUGGAAGAGGACGGGGGAAAUUACAUAGUGACCGUGUACAAUGACAAGGGACAGCCGCAAGUGAAGAAGAGCUUAAAUCUGAGCUUUCAGGAAAUUGUCUCUAAACCAGAAAUCAAAUGGAUAUGUUCACAAAAAUUAAUAAAGGUGAUAUGUGAGAUAACUAAAAGGCACUAGCUUCUGCAUGAUACCUCUGCUUUCUCAAUCUCCAGUUCAUGCUCCCCAGAAGUAGCUACGUCAGCAGCAGAGACCGCCUGCACAGUCUCAAACUGAGUACCGGGCAGUGCCCCCCUGGCCCAGGCCACGUUUCCAAGGCUGAAGUUUCCAAGCCACAUGAAAGAGAGAGACCGUAAGCAUUUAUCUUGGAGGAACAGAACCUGUCCUAUUACCUGCUCUGGUAGGACCCACCACAAAAAUAACCUUGCAAAUAGCCAGCAAUCCUCCAGACUGGCUGCUUUUGUUAUGGAAGAUCAUGAUCUAUACUGAAUGAGUGAUGAAAAGGCUCGUCAAUGGAGACACGAGGAGAUCAAAGAUCAUUACCUUGGCCAUUUUCUCCAAGUGGCUCUAUGCUAAUGUGGGGCAUUUAGUCCUGAAAUCUGCUUCCUUUUUGCUUCAUUUGGUUGUACCUCUCCUUGCCAUUUUCUGGUCUAACUUUUUUUUGACUUUCAUCACGUCUCUCUCUUUCUUCCUAUAACUGCAGUCCCACACAAACUCGCCUCUAGUUGUUGCAGCCAGUCAUUUGAUCUUAUAGAGAGGAAAAUAGUUGUGUUAAUUGUAAUGAUGGGCUAACAUAUUGGAGUGCUGCCAAGAAACUACAACUUUAUUUCUUGGCUAGUGACAUGACCUGGUUCAGGGUUCAGAUAUGCUUGUCACAUGCCAGAAACCAGUAUCCAUUUGCGUGUGAGAUUCCUGUAACACAGUAAUACAUACUACCAACCAAAACCCAAGCAGACUAAUUAAUAACUAAUUUCUCUGAACCUUGUUGGCUCUCUCAUCCAGAGAUGAAAGUGGGCUGGUACGGCGGACUGGUAAGUGGCCAUUGGCACCGGGGAGUGCUUUAACGUCACUGACCCUUUUGCCCGCCCCUCCACCCCGAGUGCUGAUGGGGGGUGGGAAGGAGGGGCAGCUGCUCCAGGGCCUGGCGAUUUAAAAAGGGCCUGGAGCUCCCGGCCUCCGCUACCGUGGCCGCGGCCAGAGCCCCGGGCAGCAUGAACGGGCUGGCUGGGGGAGGCUGACCCCGAGGCCCCGCCCCUUGUGGGGGCCCAGAGUCAGGCCCUCGUACCGGUAAGUCUCAUCUUACUUUCACCCCGCCCUUCUCCCAUGGGCACUUCAUGAGAAUUACUUUAGAUCUCUGGCUGUGGUAUUCUCCAUAAUCACUAUAUGGAGUGACUUUAUUCCCGUCUAACUGCACCUGAGGCUGUCACAUCAAGACUUUAGUCGAACUUGUAUGUCUAGGGCCCAGUUAAUGCCUUAGUUACACCCCAGACGUAGUGUGGACCAUUGUACUGGGAUGCAGAAGACCUAGGUUCCUAUUUCUGGGUCAGCCACUGUCCUGCAGUUUUCUUUCCUAUCCUUUGUUGAUCUUCUCUAUUUAGAUUGUAAAUAUUUGUGGUCUCUUGUUAAGUGUUUGUUCAGUGCCCACCAUAGUGGGAUCUCUAGGUGCUACAUGUAAUCAUUUAAAAAAAAAAGAAAAGAAAAAUGAACCACCCCCCACAAACCUAUGCAACCCCAGCAAAGUCAAUGGGGAAGCACGGAGAUAACUAAGGGAAGAAUAUUUCCCAAAGGAUCAUUUGGCUUCAGUUGUAAGACUAAGUUUAGCAUAAACCAUCCAAAAGACUAUGCUAGCUCUAUUCUCCAAUGUAACUGACAAACUUACGUACAGUAUCUACGAUCUGCUAAAGUACUGUUUUCAGAAAAAUGCUGUGGAACUGACCAAAGAUUCACCAGUGCGGCACCUUCUGCUGGUCAUCUGGGAAUUAGCUCAACUCCAGCUCCGGAGCACCCUCCAAUGGCUCACCUGCCUCAGGCCCUGUGUUUCUUCCCGACCCAGUGCCCCUUUCCCUUGGGGUUCUGUCCACCACAGUACCCCCAACACUCUGGGUCUCCCCACCCAGGGGAAUCCCCAAUCCUCUAUACCGACCUUGCCUCAGUGGCUACUGCCAGUCAUCAUCUAGCCCCCUUUCCCUGGGGCAGACUGCAGUCUGUAAUGGCCACUCAACACUGGCAAGGGGCUAGGACCAGCUGCCUUUGCCUAUCCCCAGGCUACACCUGUGUAGCCCCAAUACCUCUUUGGGCCUUGAACAAAGCCACAGCCUGGGCAGUUGCCAGGCUGGAGCACCCCAGCUCUGCUCUGCUUCAGGUACCCUGUGCUCCCAGGCAGCUAGGCCCUUCUCCCACCAAGCUAGAGAGAGUGUCUGACCCAGCUCCUCCCUCAGCUCUUUUAUCAGGGCCAGCUGUGGCCUGACUGGUGUGGGCCCAGCUGUGGCUGCCUCCCCAAUCAGCCUACCUUUACUGCUUUUAACCCGUGUUCUCCAGGAGUGGGGCAGCCGCAUCACUACAUGCCUGAAAAAGAAAUAACUUUACCAAAUUCCAUAAUUUUCCUAUCCCACAAGCCUCAUUAGAUUUGCUUAGUUGAUACGUCAAAAGAUUUUUUUAAAAAAAAUUCUAAUCAAUCGGCCUGCAAAAUCAACUAAAUACCUGAAAGUCAAGUUAGGAUCUUUUUGGUUCAUGCAUGUCACCACAAAGAGUGACUGCACUUUGAAUGUGUUGAUUAUAUGUGAGUCAGAAGGGAAAUCGGUGAUCAGUACCAUUGUUAUAUUAACUCUGCAUUACUCACAGUAGUAGAAAUUGUAUGGAGAGCUGACAUGUCAUAGAGGGUCAAAUUAUUCCCCUGGAUGCACACGUUCUUAAAUUUGCAAGGGUAUCCAAGGAAAGCUGAUGGCCCACAGUUAGGAAAUACAUCGAUAUUGAGGGUGUGCCAAUUUUAUGUACAGCCAAGUCACUUCUCAUAUCCACAGUUUAAAAUUAGUAUGUAGAAUCUAUAUAGUGUAGAUUGAAUGUGAAUGAUUGCAAAGAAGUCCCUUCAGUUUAGAUAUGCAUUAAGCAGAAAACAUGCAAAUGCUCAAAACACACUUUUCACUACACUCAAUAGCCAAUAGGAAAGUGAGAAAACUAAAGAGCAAAGAGAAAAAAAGCGGGCUUUGGACAAACAUUUUGCAAAAUUGAUUUUGUAUUUUGCCUAUAUUUUACCAAUAUACCAUGGUUUUGCUAAUUUCACCAAAUCCUGCAGUCCUUUAUCUGGGGUAUUCUGCUCUCGUUGAAGAUUGUGUAUGUUUUGCACAAGAAGAACUGAAAGAGAACUUGUAGGAUUUGGCCAGGGUAGAGCUGCAAUUUACACACUAGUUAAACUAUAAUAUUCCUUAAUCUUUAUCUUUCGACAAUGUAAUUACUGCAAAUGAAGAGCUGGAAGGAUAAAAAUUGAUGCAUGCCAGGUACGCAAAAUCCAUUUCUGGUAACCUCAAUUUUAAGUCCAUAUGCCGAAUAAUGUGACUAUUUUUCUUUCAGCUGAUGACAAAGCCUUAAUCACAACUCAACCAGGACAAUCCAAAACGUUGUUGAACAAACAGAUUAAACCUUUUUUAAAAAGGAAAUACUUAGGCUAUGGGUUUAAUUAAAUAUCCUUUCAAAUGGAAAGGUUCUUCAUUACACUGUUCUCUCUUUCAAUCAAUUUUAAAAUGAUUUUGAGGGGAGAUAUGUAAUAAUCAUCCAAAAUCUAGACCCAGAGCGUAGAGCAGUUGCUCAGCUACUUUGAAGCUGCGACAGCAGCCUCCCCAUACUGAUAGCACAGCUAUGAUUUACUGUAUGCACACUACCUGUCAGGGGCAGGAGAAGUUGACCAAGGGAGCCACGUCGGGCUCCAAUCCUACAAACGCUUAAGCACAUAUGUAACAUUACUCACCUGAACAAAGUUACAUACAUGCUUAAGAAUUCCCAGGAUUGCGGUCCUUAUUUUCAGACUUAUCUAGCCUCAGCUAUUUGUAGAAAUCCUGACCCCAAACCCUCCUACAGAAAGAGCCACCACAGAGCCUCAGUGUAGCCUACUAUUCCCUACCUCAUGUUGCAAAAAAAUGAUGAUUUCAUUGUUAGCAUGUAUAUUGUCAGAAUUUGCCCCUGACUAUGAAGUGCAUUGCAGCCUUGAACACUGAAAAACAAAAGGAAAACAAACAAGCCACAACACUGAGCUACUCCUCAAUGGACCUGGAUGUGAUCUCUGAAGAAAAAAAGUGUAGGAUAUCGAGGAUAUCAUCUACACAAUGCAUAUCCCGUGUAGAUACAGGAUCGUUAAAUCUACAGACUCCGCUGCCGGUCUCAAUUGGCCCUGUGGCAUAGAGCUUUUGGAAAAUAAACCUCUCUUUUCUAUGUUUGUAGGUUUAGUUGCACUAUGUUGCUAUGUUCCUAAUCUCUGGUUAAUAUUGUUUGCUAAGUGCUUAAAAAAAACCCAAAAAAACAAAAACUCACAACUUUAAGAGCUACUACAAAACCCCCAAAUAUAAAUAAAAUCAAUUUUACUCAAAGCCCAUUAGCAUGCUUCUUAAUAUCAGUAUUAUAUCUGGGACAGUGAUUUCCGUGAACUACAUCUUCCUAUGCCAGAGGCUCUCUGUACACAUCAUACCACUUUUUUUUAAAGUAGUAAGAUGGAGUGUAAGCUUAGGAGUUUGGGAAUUUUUACCCUGAAAGCAAGUAAUACUCAAGUUUUUUUAAAUGUAUAUGAUGAUCUUAAAUUAACUGGGAUCCCUGGCAUAACAGAAUUCUCUUGUUUAGGUGUGAGAAAAAGUAUUCUAUAUCCAUCUGAUGACAAACAAAAGUAAGUUUUUAGUCAUAAGUAUGGAAUUUCAUAACCUCAUAUUUAUCGAUGAUGGAAUGUAAUUUUCUAUAGGAAAGAUAACUUAUUAGCUUCAGUUUGUAGGACAUUUGGGGUUUGACACGUAUUAGAGUGCUGAAAGCAUUUUGAAGUCACUAAAACUAAGAUAACCAUCUACUAUUCCAUUAUUGCUCCUAGAUAACAGGUUCUCUAUGAUAAUAAAAAUAGAAAGAAGAGUCUUCAUAGCUUUUGUUGUUUAGAAUCAUAAGCUGUGAAACUCUGAAGGAAAGCAAGAACAUCUGCUGUCAGCAUUACUCACUUUUUUCCAUGGCUGUGUCCUUGUGGAAUCUAAACAGUUGGUCAACAAGAAUAAAAAAAAAUAUACAACUAUGUACAUGAUUUAUUAUUUCCCCCUCCCAAAAAAGAAAUGUUACAGUUUUAGAUUGGGUAUAUUAUCUCUCUUGCAGUUUUAUGCAAUCAUUUCUUCAAAAGAGUUUGUCCUUUGAGAAAAUGUUUGCUAUAUUGCUAUUGCAAUCCCUUGAAAGCUCAAAUUGUAAAACUGUUUCUUUGCCAAAAUGAAACCAAAAACGUAUUGUGUUUUUUAUUGUCAUAUUCAUUAGCAGGAUCUAAUGACAGAUGAAUGAACUUUCUGAUAUUUUAAAUUUAGAUUUAGCAUUUGGGAAAUUUUAUUUCAGUGAAUAUAAAUAAUGUACAUUUUUCAAAGGAGAUCAAGGGAAAAGGAAUACAAACAUCCACUUUCAAACACCAUGAACAGACUACUUUCAGUCUGAAGCACUGUGCCUUGUACUAAAGCCCCAAUCUUGUAAACUCAUUGAGCACAUGCACAACUUCAUUCUUGUUAAUAGUCCCACUGGGUGGGAUCCUUGUCCCAUUCAAGUCAAUGGGAAGUUUACCAUUGACUUCAGGGAGGCCAAGAUUUAAUCCAUUGAUUUUACAGGCAUUACUUAUGAGGGUAAAGUUAUGCACAUAUAAGUGUGCUUUCAUGAUUGGGACCUCAGUCAGGAUGGGUGAUAAUCUACUCAAUUAUUCCGUCCAAAAACACAGUCAUUCCUCAGAGAUUAUAUGUGAGCCAAUGGCAGCAGUUUGUCUCUACUUAAUCGCAGCAGAACCAUCCUGGGUAUUACCUUAUUUACAGAAAAUGCAGAAUUAGUAAUAUAUUCAAUAUAAGCAAAAUAUUUUAUAUGUCUUACAUUUCAAUUCUUUCUUUUCAGUGUCAAAUAAAAAAUGAAAAGGUUUGGUGUGUAAUAGAUACACUGUUGUUAUUCAUAACCUUUUAUCUA